UGACUGUUUUGCUACUGCCUCCAUCAGUACCGAUGACAUUGGUGGUUCUGAAAAAGACUUAACAUUUGGAGGUUUAACAUUUAGAGAUAAAGAGCAGCACAUGACGGACUCCAGCUCUGAACAGGAACUAAUAAAUCAAGAGUUAGAGGAGGAGGAGGAAGAUGAUGAUGAUGAUGAUGAAUAUGAUGGAAGUAGCAGUUCUGAAGAUGAGGAUUGUGACAUUUAUCCCAAGAAGCUAUACUCUGAUCCAGCUUACCCAGGUGUGGUCUUCCAGGCUCUGGAGAACAUGAUGUUGCAUUCGGUCCUCAUUGACUUGACCCUCUUCACAGAGGAUGGAUACCAGUUCCAGGUCCAUUCCUUUGUCUUGGCUGCGAUCAGUUACCUUAUUCAGACCAGACUCAGACAGAAGCCCAAACGAGAGCAGUUUAUCUCCUUGUGUUUGGCUCCUGAGGUUCAUGGUUCUGGGUUGGCAGCAGUGGUGGAGUUCGCCUAUACAGGGAACAUCGGCAUUCUGAACAAAGGAAAUAUAGAACAGAUUUGGUCUGCAGCGGUCAGCCUGGAAGCUCCAAGAAUUCUGGAACUCUGCAAAGAGGAGGAAGAGAGAGAAGAGGAUGAGGCAAGAGGGAAGAAAGUGGACAGAAAGAGAUUUCUGCUGUGGAACAUAUGAAAAUUAGUCUCCAGCAUAUCAGACAGUUGUGGACACAGAGAAUGGGAUGUGAUGUGGAGCUUGAAGUGGAAGGAAGAGUGUUUCAUGCUCACCGGGCGCUCCUGGCUGCCAGCAGCGACUACUUUAGAGGCAUGUUUACCAGCGGUAUGAAGGAGAGCCGACAGGAAUUGGUGUCUCUGCUGCUAGUGGCGGCUGCCAAGUUUGAAGCCCUCCUGCACUACACCUACAGCGGGGCUCUUGCGCUCGGAUGGGGCUGUGUGUUUGAUCUCACCUGUACAUCUCUUCAAUUACAGUUUCAGACUGCCUUCUCACUAUGCCUUAACUUCCUGCAACAAGAAAUAGAUGCUUACAGCUGCCUGGAUGUAGCAUCUUUCGCAGAGUCCUACGGAAUGGUGGACUUACUUGCACUGGCCAAUGACUAUGUCUUGAGGCACUUUAAAGAUGUGUCCGUCACUCCAAAGUUCCAAGAUCUUCCUGUAGAGAAACUGAAGAAGUACCUUCAAAGUGAUUCUCUCUGCGUUCCCUCAGAGUUGCCCGUAUUCAGAGCAGUCAUGUCUUGGAUCGAAGCCUUUCCCAGACAACAGGUGAAACUUGCCAGGGAGCUGAUGGGAACUGUCCAGUUUCCCUUAAUGACCUUUAAGGAGUUCAAAGAAGUCAAGUCCAUAACGUCUUGGCCGAGAAUUGGCACCAAAAAACUAUACGAUUCUCUCCUUGAGGAGUUCUGUUCCAGUUCUUCAGAUGUUCAGUCCAAUUUCAGGGCCUAUAUGCCUAAAGACACUCUAGUCCUUGUUGGGGGCGAGAGGAUCACUGAUAAUUUUGACAAACGUAGACCCUCUAGGGAAAUGUGGUUUAGCAAUUCCUUGCAGAACCAUGUUGGAUUGGUGAAGAAAGUAGAGUGGAGAAUGCUGGGAACUUUACCUGAGAAACCAAGAUUCAGUCAUGGAGUUGGGGUAAUGAGGGGCAAGCUUUACGUAGUUGGCGGACGGCAUUAUUACGGCAAAGCUGAUACCAUGAAUUGCACCUACAGGUACGAUCCCAUUCAAAACACUUGGCAAAGGUUGACCGAUAUGUACGAGAGAAGAGGCAGCUUCACUCUUGUGGUCCUAAAUGGUAAAAUAUAUGCUAUUGGUGGAGAGAGGGACUCAAAGGUCAAUAUGGAGACUGUUGAGGUUUACUGCCCCAACACAAAUUCUUGGAGUUUUGUCCGCCCAUUAGAUCAAGCUCUAUGCUGUCAUGCGGCCAGUGUAUGGAAUGGCACAAUCUUCCUAUCGGGAGGCUUUAACAGCCAGUACCAAUGCCUGUCGACCAUGACCCUUUACCACCCAGAACGAGGAUCCACUUACAUGGCUGAGAUGACACAUGACAAAGCCCUGCACUGCAUGGAGACCCUAGGUGACCGUCUGUACGUGGCGGGAGGGGUUUCGUGUGAUGCUGAUGGCCAUCUGGUAGAUCAAUUAGCCUGUGAGUUCUAUGACCCUGUGGCCAACUCCUGGAGUGCCAUUAUACCAUUCCCAGUGCCUCAUGUUGGGUCAGCAUCAGCGGUCUUAGAGGGGAAGGUCAACGUAAUCGGAGGCUACUGCCAGGAAGACUACAGUGAUACCAAAACUGUGCAUCGCUAUGAUCCUGCAACAGAACGCUGGGAGAACAUGAGCAUAACACCAGGCCCAAACACACACAUAGCUGCCUGUGUGCUGCCCAUACCUGCUCAUCUUAGACAAUAAGAGGUGAAUACCUUGAAUACAAUUCAGUGUCCUUAGUUACUGCAUUGUACAUUAUCUACAACAUAAAAAAAAAAAAAAACAUCUUCAAAUUAAAACAUGAGGAUGGAAACUCUGAGCUGAAUUUCAACUUGGGGCAAAAGGCAUUUUCAGAAAUGAUUUGAACAGGUGAUUUGCAAGGGAAUGUACAACCCAUUGAAAGUCUGGAUAUAUUACUGACAUUAUGGCAUUAUCCCAACUCCACAUAGGCCUUUUUAAAUAAAAGCACUUUGAAAUGCCACAGUU